AUGUCGCUAGGAAAACGUGACGGUCUCUACGUAUACAUUGAAUUUAAAUGUGAAAACUGUAACAAUAAAACUGAUCCAUCUUCAUCACCACGAGUGCCGAAUUCUCAUCGUAGAGAAGUGAACGUUCGUCUACAAGUUGGUGGUCAUCUAGCCGGCAUCACACAGGGGGGAAUCGCAAAACUUUUUGGCGCUAUAAAUCUACCACCAUCUGUAAAAGAAGAGCAUUUCACGGCAACAGAAACCUAUCUAGCGCCUUCGAUACUCAAAGCACAAGAGCAGUCAAUGCAGAAAGCCGUUGAGAUCACAGUAUCAGACGCGGGCGAGAAAGGAGAAUUUGCGUAUAUUGACUGGCGAUAUAAACGAUAUUUAUGUUUAUGGCAAACAUGUAGAUCAAAUAAUAUUGAAGAAAAAAAAAUAAUUAUGCUUGAUUUUAUACACUCAAAUCAUAGAAAAAAGACAAUGAAAAAUCUACAAGAAUGUAUAUUGCCUGUUAUUGAUACUAGAAACAGAAGAUUAUGUGAAACAUUUGCAAAUAGUUCUACAUCAUUGCCGAUUGUAGAACAGCGAGGUAUCGUUUCAAAUGAUUACAUUGAUUCGGAGCAAGCAUCAUUCGAAGAAACAGCGGGAAUUGUUUCAAAUACUGACAAUCGCCAUAUGAUAUGUGUUACAUUUAGAAGUUUAGUUUUAGGUUUAUUAUUUACCAUUUUAUUAUCAACAUUAAAUCAAUAUUUUUUAUUUAAAUCUAAUUCUUAUUCAUUUCCAAUUAUUUUAGUAUUACUCAUAUCGUAUCCGAUGGGUAAAUUUAUGGCAUUUAGUUUAAGAAAAAAACCAAUUCAAAUUUGGCGUUGGUCUAUUGAACUUAAUCCUGGUCAAUUUUCCAUCAAAGAACAUGCACUUAUAUUUAUAAUUGCAUUUGUUGCUAAUCUACCUACAUCAGCACUAGACACUAUUGUUAUUAAACAAAUUUAUUAUCAAUCAAAGACAAACUUUAGUUUAGGAUUAUUUCUGCUUAUUUCAGCACAAGUCAUGGGAUACGGCAUGGCAGUGUUUUGGUCGGGUCGAGCCGGGCCGAACUCAAAAUUUCUAAGCAUACCUGGAUUUGUAAUUUAUAUGUAUCCUCAGUACUGA